AUGGGCAACUCGUCGUCGUCGGGUGGCCUGACCCUCAGAAAGUCCUCAUCCACGUUCAGGGAAGACCCGAAACUCCGUCGUACCUCCAGAUCAGUCCGAGUUCCCUCAAAUAACCGACUGUCCGCCAAAAUCCCCGUCAAAAACACGCUGUCGUCGCAGUUGACGGGUACGGAAGAGACGAAACAUGAGGAUAUUCAGAAGAGUCAUUCCAUGUACGAGCUGAGGAAGAAGAGCAAUGCGAGUGGGUUGAGUCAGCAAGGGUCGAUCCGACUGUUAACGCCUCAGGGCAAUGGGUCGAGCGAUGGGUCCGAAGCUGAGUAAGUUUGAGGAAAAUAAUGAAAAAUUGAAAAAAAAAUGAAACUGAGAGUUUUAAAAUGUUUCAUCAUUGUGUCAGUUAUCGUAUUUUACGAAUUUCAAUUUUUAAAAAUUUUUCAAAAAUUCCAUAAUAUCUCAAAAAAUUUAAAAAAUUUCGCACUGUGCAAAAAAUUUUUUUCGCACAGCGAAAUUUUUAGCCUUUAAAAUUUGGUUCCAUAUUUUCCAUCAUCACGGAAAAAGUAAAGCAAAUUAUAAACUCAAAUCUACAUGUUUACAUUAACUCUGUGAAUAAUCUUACGUUCCUAAUCCCUUUUUACUAAUCCCUUUUAUCUUUUUUUCCAAAGCAGAUUUUCAAGGGAUUUGCAAUGAUGAGAAAAAAAACUGUUGUGAUAAAAAACAUGUAGUCAUUUUACCGUUUAAUCAUCGCACUUUCGAAAAAAGAUCAUCAUUAAAAAAUAGUUAAAUUUGAAAUUAGAGGUAUGGCCUACUUAGGACGUAUUUUAAAAAUUUUUAUUUCUAAGAUUAAAAAAUUUUUUGGAAAUAUUUGAUUUUACCAUGCUUCUGGUGUUUUAAAUCAAUCGAUUUUUCGGAUUUUUGCCGUUUUCUCAAGCAGUUUUUUUUCAAAAUUUCUUCAAAAACCGCUUGAAAACUACUUUGCAAAACAACUUACGGUCCUAUUCUUAGACCUAGGCCACGCCCUUUGGUAAUUGCAAGUCUGGGCCGGAUCCUCGUCGAUUCCGGCCCAAAAACAAUUUAUUUUCGGGUUUGCGUCAAUGCGAACAUUUUCCAACUGAUGCGAUGGGAGAAACAGUGGUUUUUCCAAGCCUAGAACAGCCGGCAAAUUGAUUAAUUUCGGAUCAAAAAGUCAACAAGAUGGAUGAAAAAACACCAAUUAGAAAAUUGUAUUUUUUUGGAUUUUUUUCAAUUUACAAAUUGAGAAACAAUAAAAUUUUUAAGAUUUUUUAUAGAUCAACAAAUAAAAAAAUUCCCAAUUGUAUUUUUUUGCCUCAAAAAAUAUAAAAAAAUGUUUAAAAGGCCGAUAAAUUGAAAUUAAUCAAAAUUAUUUCAAACCUGUUUUAAAUUUAUGCCAGAUGGCUAGACCAACCAUCCGCUAUGACUUCCGAACAAUCUUUAUGACGAUUUUUAACUACUUUUUUAAUAGAAACUUCAUGGAUUUGUUAGGAGAUCAACCGGUCGAUAUAACAUAGCCGACGUAUUUUACCCUACGAUUGACACAUAAACCGCAAAAAAAAACAAAAAAAAACGCGCUUUGCAGACAUGAUAUAAUGUUCUCGCCGAUUUUUCUCGCCCAUAGAAUAUGCAAAAUUCAAAAGGCAGUGAUAGAGAAACAUAAUUUUUGGACAUUCUCUACUCAUUUCGCAUGGAGAAGCUUGAUUUUUUUUUGUAGAAAAGUUAAUCCGUCCGGUAGAAAUCAGUCUGAAAUCUUUCAUACAUAAAAGUUCCAUGAAACAUAUAGAAUUUCUACCAAAAGUUUUGGACUAAAAAAUCAGAUGCUUCUGCAAAGCACGAGCUAGAAAUCUCGCAUUUGCUUUGAAAAAUAAGAAUCUAGAUUUGUGCCAGGAUUCAUGAAAAGCUGAGUGUUGCAAUUUCCACUAAAACUUCGUUUUCCCAAACAAAAGUCAUCGACGAUAUGAACGAAAAGUUUUUUUUCUCUAACCUCUAACCUCAUUUUCUAUAGUCUAUAGGUAGCAGUAAUUUUCGAAAAUUUUCUUUCAGUCUAUGCACAAAUCUCAAAUCCAAUUUUCAGUGUAACCGCCACGUUAAUGAACAGUAAAUUUGCUGCCACCUCAAUCUACCCCUCCAUGUGUCGACAGAAAUCGUUUCGCCGCUUGGAUCCGACGCAUCCCCUAAGUCCCUCGGGCCGAGAAAUCGUGCGCACCUGCUUCGAGAACCCCCAUUUGGAUUUGGGGAAUCGGAUUUGCUCAAGGGUCUUUGAACGACGCCCCGACUUUCAGCGGUUCAUCGCGAACAUCGGAAAGGACAAAUGGCCGUUGAUCACGAAUAACCUGCAAAAUUAUUUGGAGGAGGUUGUUGUGAAUGUAAGUUUAGGGCUUCUAAUCUACUUUUAUGGGUAUUUUCAUAUCAAAUUUUGCGGAAUCUAUAGUUACAGUAACCCUCAAAAUUAAUUUUCUUUUGCGAUUUUGGGUUUCGAAAAAUUAGUGUUAGCUGCUGGUGGGCAGUACAAUAUUCUGAAAAAAAUGAAUUUUUUUCAGCUAAAUUUGCAGAGGAAUAAGCGAAAAGUCUUUUUAUUUUUGUCGCCCUCCGCAUUUUGUGUGGUCUCUCGGAAAAAUGAUUGCCUAAUAUCUCAGCUCCUAGUGCAAACCGCAUGCUGAUAUUUUUAGAACUUGACACAUCUCAUAUACGAAGUAUCGAUGCAAAAUUUGGGGAAAAUUGAAGGACUGCCGGUCGCUCAAAUUAAAAUUUUUUAUUUACAACAUAAAAAAAUGUUUCCCUUUCUCGUCAAUCAUUUUGAUCGCUAAAACAUUAGUUUUUAUACAGCUGGAAGACCUUUUGGUUCUUCGACCCUCAGCCGAUCUCCCCUACUUCAUCAAGGAUCAGAUGUAAUUGAUAUUUGUCUCAAUCUGCCGGCUAUACGAAAACACCCCUAUAAAUUUGAGAUUGCCUCUUUUUUGAUUCUUGAUUAAUCGAGGGGAUGUUGGAGGGGUUUCAUGGAAAAGGAGCUAAUUAUACGGCGGAUAGAACGGUAGACAUAACAACUAUUGGUAAAUAGAAGCAACCAAUUAGUGGAAAGCGGCUUCUUUGUUUGAAAUUGGAGAAAAAAAAAAUGAAUAAAUAAAGACGUCUCAUGUGAUUCGUCGGAGAACUGGAGAUAAUACGGUACUGAGAUUUUCACAAAGCUUGAAAAAAUUCUGAAGGGUAGUGCUGGAAGUAGUGGUCAGAUUUUGUUCAAAUUUGGGACAAAUGUUGUACUACAGUGGGGAAUCCAGUGGCAAAAAACGACCAUUUUGCAUCCAGGAAGUAUCAAAAAAUGUGGCAAAAUACCUCCCUCUGCAACUGAAAAAAACUCGGAUUCGCCCGCUCUUUUUGUGAGGAACAAAGACGCGCCCUUCAACACGAAACUUUUUCACUUGGAGAGGCAAGCAUUUUGCCACAUUUUUGAUACUUCCCGGAUACAAAAUGAUGCGUUUUUUGCCACUGAAUCAGGUCCCUCACUGUAGGCCACCUUUCAGAUCCUUAAAUUUUUGGCCCAAAGAUUGCAUUUGCUGCCGAAAUACUCAACGUUCUUUGCAGAGGAGAAACUGCAGAAAACGAGGAAGGAGGGAUGGGCCUUGGAAUAAACUUUUUGUAAAAUGCAUGUUUAUAGAAUGUAUAAAUACAAACAAAAAAUAAUACUUAAAUCUUUAGCUGUCUGUAUACACGAAUCUUUGACUCUAAUCUCCCGCCUUUGCAGGUAGAUAACAUUGAGACAGUCCAGCGAUUGUCUCGCCGCUAUGGAGAGGAACACGUUGCCCUGAAGUCUUUCGGUUUCAAACCCGACAUCUGGGUAUCCCUUGCCGACGCUUGUACAGUUGAAUGUGUGAUAUUGGACAUGGCGAGUCAUGCACCGACCGACACGGUUGCGGCGUGGAGUCAAUUUGUCUCGGUUAUGUUCUCCUCAAUCCGUGAUGGUUAUUAUAAUGCCCUGAGGGCACAACGGAUGUCGACGAGGAAGAGUUUGAAGCGGCAGGAAAGCGUGUCCACUCAGGAAUCAUCCGACAAUUCGGUGGGUAAAAUACGAAUUGAAAAAAUUCUCCUAUUUGCAUUCUAAAAUACGAGAUAUCUGAUAUUGUCUGAUGAUAAAUCCAACUCUUUUCAGACCUCAAAAUGCAUGCCACAACGCGAGUUAGUGGAUGCCAACGCCAAUUACACGAUAAUCGAGAUGGUCGGCCCGCGGAAAGAGAGCUUCUCCAACAAUUACAAAAUCGACCGGCCCAUCUUCGAAUAG